AUGUCUCUGCCAAGUCGACAAACAGCUAUAGUUAACCCUCCUCCACCAGAGUAUAUAAAUACUAAGAAAAAUGGGCGAUUAACAAAUCAGCUGCAGUAUCUACAGAAAGUUGUCCUAAAGGCCUUAUGGAAGCAUAGUUUUUCUUGGCCUUUUCAGCAGCCUGUGGAUGCUGUGAAAUUGAAGUUGCCUGAUUAUUAUACCAUUAUUAAAAAACCAAUGGAUUUAAAUACAAUUAAGAAGCGGUUGGAGAAUAAAUAUUAUGUGAAGGCUUCAGAAUGUAUAGAAGACUUCAAUAUGAUGUUCUCAAAUUGUUAUUUAUACAACAAGCCUGGAGAUGAUAUUGUUCUUAUGGCACAAGCUCUAGAGAAGCUGUUUUUGCAGAAAUUAUCUCAAAUGCCACAAGAAGAGCAAGUUGUGGGUGGUAAGGAAAGAAUAAAGAAAGGUAAGCCAGGAGAGCUAAAUAGCACUCAACAGAACAUUUCAGUUUCUUCUAUUAAAGAAAAAGCAUCUCCCAAAGCAACAGAAAAUGUAUUUAAGCAGCAAGAAAUUCCCUCUGUGUUUCCUGAGACAUGUGUCUCCCCCUUAAGCAUGGCACAAGGAACUCCACUCAACUCCAGCUCACAACCUGUGGUCCAAGUUACAAAAGGUGUGAAGAGGAAAGCAGAUACAACAACUCCUACAACUUCUGUAGUUAAAGCAAGUAAUGAAUCUUCUCCGACACUUACUGCAAAAAAAUCGAGAAUGCCACCAAUAAACGAAAACGUGCUGAAGAAUGAUUUGCCAGAUUCUCAGCAACAACAUAAAGCUGUAAAAAGUGUUACAGUAACUGAACAAUUAAAGCACUGUAGUGAAAUUCUUAAAGAAUUGCUUGCAAAGAAACAUUUAUCAUAUGCAUGGCCCUUUUAUAAUCCUGUUGAUGCUAAUGCUUUAGGGCUCCAUAACUACUAUGACAUUGUCAAAAAUCCAAUGGAUCUUGGAACUAUUAAGAGGAAAAUGGACAAUCAAGAAUAUAAGGAUGCAUAUGAAUUUGCUGCAGAUGUUAGAUUAAUGUUCAUGAAUUGCUACAAAUACAAUCCUCCAGAUCAUGAAGUAGUAGCAAUGGCUAGAAUGCUUCAGGACGUUUUUGAAAUGCAUUUUGCCAAAAUCCCUGAUGAACCUGUUGAGAGUAUGCCUGUAUGUUAUCUUACAAAUGAUACUACAAAAGCCCUUGGUAGAGAAAGCACUAGUGAGGCUUCCUCUGAAGAUAAGUCUUCUGAUGAUUCUGAAGAUGAAAGAGUUCAGCGUCUUGCAAAGCUUCAGGAGCAGCUUAAGGCUGUUCACGAACAGCUACAGGUUCUGUCCCAAGUACCUUUCCGUAAGCUAAAGAAAAAGAAUGAGAAGUCUAAACGGGGGAAGAAAAGACAAAAGGUUAAUACCAGAGAUGAAAAUCCAAGGAAAAACUUGAAGCAAGUGAAACCAAAGGAUAAGUCCAAGAGCAACCAACCAAAGAAGAGGAAACAACAGGUCUUUGUUCUGAAGUCUGAAGAAGAAGAUAAUGCUAAACCUAUGAACUAUGAUGAGAAAAGACAGCUAAGUUUGGAUAUAAACAAACUCCCUGGAGAUAAACUUGGGAGAGUAGUUCAUAUAAUACAAUCAAGAGAACCCUCACUAAGAAAUUCCAAUCCUGACGAGAUAGAGAUUGACUUUGAAACACUGAAAGCAUCAACACUAAGAGAAUUGGAAAAAUAUGUUGUGGCAUGUUUAAGAAAAAGACCACUAAAACCUCAUGCUAAGAAAAUAAUGAAGUCCAAGGAAGAACUUCAUUCACAGAAAAAACAGGAGUUGGAAAAGCGGUUACUGGAUGUCAACAAUCAGUUAAAUUCUAGAAAACGGCAAACAAAACUUGAGAAAACACAACCAUUAAAAGCAGUUGGAAGUGGGUCCCGCCUGAGUGAGAGCAGCAGCAAUAGCAGCAGCAGCAGCAGCAGCAGCUCAUCAGAGUCUGAAAGUAGCAGCAGUGAUUCAAGCUCUUCAGACAGCAGUGAUUCUGAACCAGAAAUAUUUCCUAAGUUUACUGGAGUAAAACAGAAUGAUUCACCUCCUAAAGAGAAUGUAAAGAAAAUGCAAGAAUGUAUGCUGCCUGAAGGAGGGACAAGCUUCACAGAAGAGAUACAAUCUUCUGUGCAAGAUACAUCCUCUGCUAAAACUACUCUUGUUCAUCAGACCACACAUACAUGUGGCAUACCACCAAAUCACCACCAGUCAACAUUUGGUUAUCAAGAAUUAGAACAUUUACAGAGUGUGAAAAACAUUUCACCUUUACAAAUUUGGCCUCCUUCAGGUGAUUCCAAACAACUCUUGAAUGGCCCAACUGUGAUACAUCCAUCUGGGGAUAAUGAUGCAAUGGUGUUAGAAUCCGAAUGUCAAGUUCCUGUGCAAAAGGAUAUAAAGAUUAAGAAUGCUGAUUCUUGGAAAAGUUUAGGGAAACCAGUGAAAACAUCAGGUGUACUGAAAUCCUCAGAUGAGCUCUUCAACCAAUUUAGAAAAGCAGCAAUAGAAAAGGAAGUAAAAGCUCGAACACAAGAACUAAUACGGAAACACCUGGAACAAAAUACAAAGGAACCAAAAGUAUCUCAAGAAAAUCAGAGGGACCUUGGAAAUGGAUUGACUCUAGAAUCUUUUUCAAAUAAAAUGCAAAACAAAUGCAAUGGAGAGGAGCAGAAAGAACAUCAGCAGUCAUUGGAUGCUCAAGAUAAAUGCAAGAUGUGGCUUCUCAAAGACCGUAAUUUAGCAAGGGAGAAAGAGCAAGAACGAAGGAGGAGAGAAGCAAUGGCGGGUACCAUUGAUAUGACUCUUCAAAGCGACAUUAUGACAAUGUUUGAAAACAACUUUGAUUAA